UGGCGAGAUGUUUGAGCACUUUUUAAGUACUAGAUUGAUUGUUGCGCAGUACACGCUAGAAAUUGCCAUGUGUACGUGGUUACGAAUCGACGUCGUCAUUGGUCUGAUAACCACUUCAAGCAAUCACAGGCACAUGAGGAUUUGCUUGUGGGACCAGACUGUAAUCGCUGCAUGCACUUCUCAUCAGCGUAUUAUGCAUGCAUCUCAGAGACUAGCGAGUGAUUGUCAUACUUGUUCAGUAAACUCGCCGAGUGUGAAAAGAAAGCGACUCCUGAAAUUGCCGUCUACGUUGUGAUCGUGACUGAAAUGUGAUCGAGGAAACCUGCAGAUGUUUAUCGCUGCAGUGGAUGGUCGGUCCAAUCAUAGAUCCAGUGAUGGAUCUCUGUUGGCUUUCCCACGUUUGAGACGCAGAAUUGCCAGAAAUGACUGUUUCGUGUUCUGUCCUUCCCGACGCGACAGACAGGACGCUAGCUGGCUUGGCCUACCCGGGGUGAUGUUUACACGCAGACUUAAUGCGGCUGUGCAUUAGACACUUGGGCAAGGGGAAAACACUAACAAGUGACCAAGAAUUGCCAACGUCUGUUCUGGUAGUUUUUGUCAUUUAUAUCUAGAGGGUCAUCUAGUGCAUAACCAUGGGUUGCUGCCACAGUUGCCGUUGCCGCAAGUCCAAGUCGGCCAGCGAGCCCGAGCCAGCAAGCCACUACAUCUACUCGAGCGACCCCAUCCCCGAGAAGAAUCACAUCCCCUUCACGGACAUGCAAAUGCAGAUGACGGGCUCAGAAGACAUUAGCAUCGUCCCUCCUGCUAACGGCAACAUCAAGGACGGCCAAAGCACCAUCGGUUCCACCAAGCCUCGAGGCUCCAACCUUUCCCUUGCUAAGCGAAGCAGUGCCUUCUACCGCUUGAGCAAGCUAGGGAGUGACUUUAGUAUUGGGGAGAGCAUCCGAACUGAUGGAAGUACGUGGACAGUGGCUUCCUCGGUCAACGAACCGAAAGAAGUGGAUGAUCCCAACUACGCUGCUGACGUUCUUACAAAGCUGAAUCGCUUCCGACAUGCCAAGAAAUACACUGACUUUACGAUUUAUGUCGGUGACCUGACUUUCCGCUGCCACAAGGUUGUCCUGUCUGCCACCAGCCGCUUCUUUGCUCUUAAUAUUUGCGACGAGGUCACUGAAGAAGGGGGCAUUAUCAUCAAGCAUGACAUGACACUGAACGAUAUCAGGCCUGAUGUAGUAGGCCUUCUCCUGGACUACAUCUACACUGCCAGGCUCAUGAUCAGCAGUGAGAAUGUUUCGGACCUGCUGACAGCUGCCCAGUGCUUCUACCUGCACUCCGCCGAGCAGGCGUGUCAGGAAUUUCUGGAGAGGCAGGACAACAGGAGCCGGCACUCCAUAACUGACUCGUCCAAAAUCAUGGCAGAAUACACCUUCGAGCAGCCCUACCACGUGAAUGAGAUUCUCCUGGGUCUGAACGACCAGAGAUUUGACAACAAGUUUGUGGACGUCACACUCUGUGCUGGAGAGGAAGAGCUCCCCUGUCAUAAGGUUGUCCUGGCAACGAUUGACUCGGCGAUGGAAGAGAGACUACAGACAGCAGACGAGAAUGGUCACGUUAAGAUAACAGAUGUCAGUGCAGCAGUCAUGAGAAUGAUUGUGAACUAUACUUACACCUCCAAGCUUGAGGUCUGUGAGGAAAAUGCAAAGGAAGCACUGGUGUUGGCCAGCACCCUUCGGCAUGACUCAGCAGUUCGCAAAUGCAGUGAGUUCCUGAAGACAAUGUUAGACCCAUCUAACUGUCUCAGCAUCCAGCGAUCUGCCAGUGGGCCAAGUUGUGAGCUGCUUCACAAGGUAGCAACAAAGUUUGCCCUGAAGAACUUCCGGGAGGUCAUAAAGUAUGAGGAGUUCCUGGAGUUGUCACGGCAAGAACUUGUUGAGUAUCUUGGCGAUGAUAACCUGAAUCUCCUUAGCGAGGAAGAGGCUUACAAAGCCCUGAUCAAGUGGGUCAAGCACGACUUGGAAGCACGGAAGAACCUCCUGGGAUUUGUUUUGAAGAGCAUCCGUCUUCCUUAUUCCUCACCUAAGGUCUUGGAUGCAGUUGCUGAGGACCCAUUGGUGAAGGAGUGUGAAGGAUGCCACGAUCUCAUCCUGGAAGCCAGAGCCAUCCACAUUUUAAUCAGGGAUGGCAAGCAGAUGUUCGACCCAAGAAUGAAGCCCCGCAAGGCCUUCGCUGAUGUGACCUUUGUUGUGGGCGGCCGGAACAAAAACCAGCAGUGGAUACCAGACACCAGUUACUAUGACAACAUCCGCAGGAAGUGGUUCCCAUUGGAGGCAUUUCCAGGGAGCAAUACCGAGUACAAGGUUGUGGCACUGUGCAACGAUGUCUAUGUCAUCAGCGGGCGAUACAGAGAGGGACAGUUGUGCGGGAACGUCUGGAGGUACAACUCGCUCUUUGACGAGUGGACGGAGGUGGCACCCAUCCACCUCCCGCGAGUUGCUCAUGGCGUUGGGGUCCUCCAGGACCUGAUCUACGUGGUGGGGGGUCGGGUGGACAAAUCCAAUGAGCCUCUCCAUGAGGUGGAGAGAUACUGCCGCCAGACUAACCAGUGGAAGAAGAGCGAAUCCAUGACCUACGGGGUGCUCAAUCCUGUUGUCACAUCACACAGCCGGCGGCUCUAUGUCGUUGGAGGACUGAGCGAGGAGGGACAGGUCCUUGUUCAGUGCUUUCACCUGGACAAGAACGCCUGGACUGUCAUAAAGGAUGUCAGUCUGCCCUUCGAGCCACGCUUUGGGGCGACCGUGAAAAGCAAGAUCUACUUAGUGGGAGGCAAGACAGAAUACCAGGUCCAAGUCUACAAUCCCAACAAGGGUGAAGACAAGAUGAUCGGGGAAAUGCAGCACGCUGAAGGCCAUGCGAGGGAGCUGUACUCGGCCACGGUUACCAACCGCAAGAUUGACGUCACAGGUGGUCAGUGGACAGUGGGCACAGUGGAGGAUGCCCUGACCAUUGCCACAAACAGCGUGGAGCAGUAUGACCCAAUAACCAACGAGUGGACGGUGCUCGGACCAAUGCCAAGGGCAUUGACCUAUCAUGGCUGUGUGACCAUCAAGAUGUACAUCGGCUUGCCCAAAGGAACAGACAGCUGGUUAAACAACAAGAAGUCCUACCAAAUAGGCCGCAAGUAAAGACAACAAAAGUAUCCUCUUUGAAAAUAUGUUUCAUUCACCCAGAAUAAGGCCAAAAAAAAAAAGUCAGUCUCUGGUCAGCACGCGCGUCGUUUUUUAACGUAUGCGUCAGUGUUUUUUUCCCCAUUUUUUCUCAAAAUUUUCGAAGCAGCGCCCUGUAUUUCCGCACCGCAUGAAUGUUCAGGAGUAGACUGAUUCCUGGCCACAAGUCCGAAGGGCAAUUUGUUCAAGGAACCAGACUAAUUCGUGGAAAGCUCGUACCCGGUGAUAGAUCCGUUUCGACUGCAUAAUGUUGAUGUCAAACACAGACAGUAGACCAUGGAUAGGUGACAAAGUUGCAGCCAGCUGGUUAACAACAACGGCGGCAUUACAUGCGACAUGCUACUACUAGCCGUUGCUCUUUGAUUAAAUAUGCCACUCAUUUCCGUGUCUGCUGCCAGUCUUCAAAAGCCAACCCCACCCCCCC